ACGUCGUGCACGUCAUUGCGUGGCCUCGCGCGUUCAGUAGCCCGCGGAGUCGUGCCGCGAAAUGCACGUGCACAAUUUCGAGAUGAUGCGCCUUCGCCGAGGCAGCGCGGAACUCGGCUCAACGCGCGUGUGAGCGAUUCUCCCGAUCGCGAAAUUUCUUCACGAGUUUCACGGCUCGCUCGGCGAAUUUCGAAUAUCGCACUUUGACUUAUUCGCGUGACAUUCACGUAGGCGCGCGAGCGCGAGCGCGAGCGCGCGCGCGCGCGCGGAUCCCCUCGCGCGGGUUUCAUCGGCUCUUCCUCCCUGCGGUGGUAACAAGCGGAAAAGUGCGGUGAAUCGUAGCGAUCGACGACGUCAGGGCGUCGUCCCGCGUACGUGAGACGAUAAGUCGAAGCAAGGCGGAAGAAUGAGGCCGCAACCGCGAGAAGCGCGGCUCGCGCUCGCUCUGCUGCUGCUGCUGCUGCUGCUGCUGACGUGCGCCUUCGAAUUCUGCGCGAGCGACAACGACACCUGGCCCGUGACACGCGACACGAAGGCGCGGAUGAUGAAGAAACUGCGCACGGACUACCGGAAGCUGAAGAAGCAAGAGGGAGCGUUGAAGCUCGUCGGAGGCGAGAGCGGCGAUCACGAAGGAAACGUGGAGAUACUUCACGACGGGAAGUGGGGCAGCGUGUGCGACGACGAAUGGGACGACUUGGAGGCCGAUGUGGUUUGCAGACAAUUAGGUUUCAACGGGGCAAUUAGCGCGACAGCGAAUGGGCACUUCGGUCAGGCCAGAAGAAGAUACUGGAUGGACAACGUUUACUGCGACGGCACCGAGGACGAGCUCGCGAGAUGCCGCUUCGAUGGCUGGGGCGUCUCCGACUGCGGCGGCAACGAGGCGGCCGGGGUGAUUUGCUCGCACGACGAGGAGCCGACGGCGACAUCGGUCCCGCGACAGAAACCGCCCAAGUCCAGGAUAAAGGACACGCAUCAGCGGGGAACGGCGCUGCGGUUGUCCGGCGGCCGCGUGCGCUCCGAAGGUCGCAUAGAGAUCAAACUGGGCGUCGCGGAUUGGGGCGUCGUCUGCGCCGACAGCUGGUCCAUGCUCGAAGCCGCCGUGGUCUGCCGGCAGCUGGGCCUCGGCUACGCUUCCGUCGCGACGCAGAGCGACUUCUUCGGCGGCGGGGCGACGCCGAUGUCGAUCAGCGGAGUAGAGUGCCGCGGGAGCGAGGGGAAUCUGGCGGAUUGCCUGCACGACAUGGUUGUAGACUGUCCAGGGACGGCGGGGAACAUAGCGGGGGUGGUGUGCCAACGCGAGAUGGCCGACCUCGUGUUCGAUCACAUCGAGCUGAUGCGCACCGCGCAUCUGGAGGAUCGUCAGCUGUAUUGGCUGCAAUGCGCGAUGGAGGAGAACUGCGUGGCCUCGCAGGCCUACAAGAUGCAGAAGGAGUCCGCGAACUGGUACCUGGAGACCAGGCGGCUGCUGCGCUUCACAGCGAGGAUCCUGAACGCGGGCACCGCGGACUUCCGACCGUCUGUACCCAAACAUCUCUGGGAAUGGCACAUGUGUCACAUGCACUACCACUCGAUGGAGGUGUUCGCGACUUUCGACGUGAUCGAUUCGAGCGGCAAUAAAGUCGCCGAAGGCCACAAAGCGUCCUUCUGCCUCGAGGAUAAUCAGUGUAUGCCCGGUGUGGAGCCCAGAUACAAAUGCGCCAAUUACGGGGAUCAGGGCAUCUCCGUUAAUUGCAGUGACAUUUAUAAACACAACAUCGACUGCCAGUGGGUGGACAUUUCCGAGCUCGAGCCGGGGCAUUACACGCUGAAGGUCGCGGUGAAUCCCGAAUUCAAAGUUGGCGAGAUGUCGUUCGAUAACAACGCGGCGAUCUGCCGCCUGCUUUAUACCGAAACUUUCGCGACUGUCCACAGUUGCAUAAUGGGACGUCCUUGACACGCGACCCGCGCAAUCGCCGGGAUUUUUCCAGCUUCCCGGGCGAUUGUCACGGGGGUGAAAUUAACGUCGGCCCGCUGACGUCGAUCAAACGUGAAGGCUGAGGAGAGUGACGACGACGACGACGACGACGACGACAACGAUGACCGACUACCUCUGCCACCAGCCUGUGAACUUAACGAAGCAACAUGCAGACGCGAAUAAAUCUGUAACGAGAUUUGUAACAAUUUGCAACGCCUCAGCGUAACUCUCCAUUGUAACCUUAACAGCUGUGCGAUUCCCUUUUAAUGUAAUAACUUCCGAUCUGAGAAAAGUAUAUUUCACCUUAUCUUAC